AUGUGGAUGGCCAUGCCCUGCAUCAGGGAACUUGGCUGUUGCCCAACGGGCGUGUGUACUACAUAUACGAUCUUCCUCGCAGCUGAAGGAUCUCUAGGCUCGAGUGCGCGCUAUUUUCACCUUGGCGUCGAGAGAAUUAGUUCGGAUGAUACAUAACAGUACUCUAUAGAAUAUUAGUGUAUCUCGUAAAGGCAAGACACAUGGCGGAAGAGCUUAAUGCAUGGAGAAAACCGAUGUGGCCAGACCAUCAUCUAUCUCCUACACCAGUCGUAGCGAAUUUCCUGUACGAGAACUGAAACACGGCAUUGGGGUGGCGGGCAAGGCUUUGCAGUGGUCAGAUAUGCGGACACGGAGUCUAUCCUACCUCACCCAGUUCCGGUUAUGCAGCGUAAGGCUCGAGGCGCUCGAAGGAUGCAAAAUGAUUCCUAAUUCAGGAUCGUCGUCCAUCUGCCGUGCCGUCCCAGAUGCGACAUUGGCGUUACCGUCCUCCCCUUGUACAUGCACAGCACCUUUACGUCCGAACGCUACACAACGACUUGGAAUGCACCGACCAGAUCCUUCAAGGCUGUCCAUGGCCGGAUUUCCCUCUUCACGCGACAAAUCCUGCCCCCCCCUCAAAAGAAAAGAAAAAGAACCGCUCUUGGGCUCGCUAUUCUCAGCGCGCUUUCUCAUCUAUCUAUCUCAAGAUAUCCUACGUCUAUCGACAGCCGACAUGGGAGAAAGUACAAGUACAGCGGCGGGGCUUUCUGGAACACUAACCAGUGCCAACCCGACUGCAGCACCGGCGAUGUCUGUCCUCAUGAUUACCGUAAAGCCGUUGACGACAACGUUUACGCCGCCCUUGUCAUGCGGAGAGAUGCAUCUUACGCAGUUGUCUUCGCCGGGUUAUGAGAUCUGGUUGAAUGAGCCACAGCCAGUGCCUGGAUCUAAAUUUGGGGAAUGCUAUCCAACCGAGUUCGCAGCCGGAUACACAAGUGAUACAAAACUCGUCAAGCUCUAUCGCUCCCCUGUUUUCUCCGUUGGUCUGCCCCUCAGGCUGGAGCGCGGUGAAAACGUGGACGAAUAAUUAUAUCGCUUGCUGCGCAUCUGGCUUCCUAUUCCACCCGCCGGCUACAACGGCGGACGCAGACCGGCCCGCAUAUGGAGGCACCUGUUACAGCAACUUCCAAGUCGGAGAGACUUUCAAAGUCACGGCGUAUGAUAGCGCUGGUGUAACAGCGACGGUCAGUUGGGUC